AUGGACUCAGCAAAAGCACCCUCUACAUAUAUCAUUUGGUGUGAAGAUGGUGUCUGCAAAUACCCUGACGAUCCUCGGCCGGACCCCUAUCCUUACGGACACGCACAAUUCCUUCUGGAAAAUAAAGAAGACUUCGGACCUCAAUUAUGGGAUGCCUUAUUAGGCUUUGAGAAUAUCAAGAUAUUCCGCACGCCAGGCAACCAUUUCACGAUGAUGAAAGCGCCUUUUGCGGAAAAUGUGGCUGAUGCGAUGAGACAAGCAUUUUCUCAAGUUCAUGAGUAA